AUGGCAAAAGAAUUUCGUCAGAUCAGUUUGUGUAAUGUUCUAUACGAGAUCCUGGCAAAGGCAUUGGCAAAUCGAUUGAAGGGACUUCUGGAUGUGAUUAUAUCACAAGAGCAGAGUGCCUUCGUAGAGAGAUGGAUUAGACUCAUGAUGAUGUGUGUUCGAUCAGUCAUAUACGCAGUACUGGUAAAUGGACAUAGGUAUGAUUCUAUCUCACCGACCCGGGGGUUGUGCCAAGGAGAUCCGUUGUUGCCAUAUUUGUUCGUCUUAGCAAUCCUGGUGAAUGGGCACAAGUUAGAUGUGAUUGUUCUGAGUCGUGGACUAAGACAGGGGGACCCUCUAUCACCAUAUCUUUUUCUUUUGGUGGCGGCGGGUUUGUCGUCUUACACGUCGAAGGCGGUGGCUGAGAGGCAUAUUCACGGACUGUCAGUGGCGAGGAGCGCCCCUGUGAUGUCCCACCUAUUUUUCGCUGACGACUCUAUCUUUUUUGCUAGGGCCACAGUAUAG